AUGGCAGCGACGGGCUAUCGCAACGACGCCGUCCGUCUGGUGGGAGAGCAAGUCAUGCAACCGCGAGGAUUAACAGGACUCGCGCAAGACACGCUCGACGCUAGUAAAGCGGAGAUACGAGCUAUUUUUGAACUUCUUGGUCAAGACGAGGCGUAUCCAGUUCUGGUGCACUGCACCCAGGGCAAGGAUCGUACCGGUCUGAUCAUUUUAAUGAUGAUGCUGUUGGCAGGCGAGACUGUGUCUCCUGCUGCGAUUACUGAUGACUAUACGCGGUCUGAGCUGGAACUCGUGCCGGAAUUUGAAGAGCGCAUGCGUGAAAUCCGUGCGCUGGGUCUUGGUGAGGAAUACACACGCUGUCCACCGGACUUUGUGGAGGCGACGACUGGGUAUUUCCAAAAGCAUGGGGGCGUCCAGGGUUAUUUGAAUGGAAUUGGCAUUGAUGCACAGAUGCAGGAACACAUACGACAGAAGAUACUCGCUUAA